AUGAAUUAACUUUUGAGUGGUAAAUAAAUUGAAGAUAGUCCACCAUAUGCAAUUGAUGUGAACGUUGUUGUAAAUUUAAAUCUCGGAAAUAUAAGCUUACAAACAAAUGUCGACCCAGGAAUUCCAUUUAAUAUAUUUAUAGAAGGAAUCUUAGAAUAAAUAUUUGAUCAAAAAUUGCAAGCAAUAUAAGAUACUAACCAAAUUGAAUAUUGUUUAUAAGACGGGAAAGUCCUUUAAAGAAAAGAUAGCAACCCAUUAUACUCUUUAGGAUUCGAUAAUAAUUCUACACUCAAUAUUCGUAUAUUUUAAGGGAUACAGGAAACUCCAUAACCCUCAUUUGAUAAAUAUGGAAAAAAGUAGUAUUGAUAGGCUUUAUAGAAAUUUUUGAAUUUCCAUUCAUAUGUUAAUUUUGAGUUAUUACUCUCAUAUAAUUUUAUUAUGCAAAUA